AUGGUUCUCGUGCUGCUGGGCUGCUCUCCUGCAUCGUCGCGCCCAGACUGCUCUCCAGCUUCCAGGAGAAGAUGUAGCACAGCCGGACAGAAAAUGGUCAGAUGCUCUCUGAAUGAGGAAACACAGCUGAACAAACAUGGACUAGUAUCUAAGCAGUUAAUCUCAUGCCUUGCUGCUUCGCUUGUGUUCGUCUCUCCACCUAGUCAGGCUAUUCCUGCAGAAACCUUUGCCCGUCCAGGCUUGUGCCAGAUUGCAACAGUGGCAGCCAUUGACAGUGCUUCAGUUCCUCUGAAGUUUGACAACCCUUCAGAUGACGGCAGCACAGGGAUGAUGAUGAUGAGGGGUAUGACUGCCAAAAACUUCGAUCCAGUUCGCUACUCUGGUAGAUGGUUUGAGGUAGCCUCAUUGAAACGUGGAUUUGCUGGUCAGGGACAAGAAGACUGCCAUUGUACUCAGGGAGUGUAUUCAUUCGAUGCGAAGUCGCGCUCAAUCCAGGUGGAUACAUUCUGUGUCCAUGGUGGACCUGAUGGAUACAUCACUGGUAUUCGGGGGAGGGUGCAAUGCCUGUCCGAAGAGGACAUGGCAAGCGCUGAGACAGAUCUUGAGAGGCAGGAGAUGAUCCGUGAGAAAUGCUUUCUCCGGUUCCCCACACUGCCAUUCAUACCCAAGGAGCCCUACGAUGUCCUUGCAACUGACUAUGACAAUUAUGCGGUUGUGUCUGGAGCUAAGGAUACAAGCUUUAUUCAGAUAUACUCAAGAACACCCAACCCCGGGCCAGAAUUCAUUGAGAAGUACAAGUCCUAUGUUGCCAACUUCGGCUAUGACCCAAGCAAGAUCAAGGACACCCCUCAAGACUGCGAGUACAUGUCCUCAGACCAGAUUGCCUUGAUGAUGUCGAUGCCCGGGAUGAACGAGGCCCUGACGAAUCAGUUCCCAGAUCUCAAGCUAAAGGCACCAGUCGCACUUAACCCAUUCACAAGUGUGUUUGAUACCUUGAAGAAGUUGCUUGAACUGUACUUCAAGUAA